GCCACCACGCCGUGAACAGAACCACGGACUGGAGCCUAAGCCAACAUCUCUGUUUGAUCCCAGCAAUACUUGAAAAGACAACUACAAGGAUUAGCAAACCCGUCAAUCUAUCAAUAUUACCCACCUACCAACAAAUCCACGGAUGGAUGCCGAAAUCGACGCCCUCCUGGAAAGGUAUCUCGGUCUGCUGGAUGAGUACACCGAACUCCGUGCUUCCCUGGGCGCUGUCCAGAGCGGCAUGUACCAGAACAUUGCCCGCGCCAACUUCGCCGCCGAGCGGGGUAUGAGGUAUGGACCAGACUGUUUCGACGAGCGAAUGCAAGCAAGCCGACGCCUGAGCAUUCAGGUAAAGCCAUCCGCUGGACACGAGAGUGGCGGCCAACAUGUCUCUUUCGCCGUUUGCUCGACAGAGGAGUCCGAACCGCCGGUUGGCUCUCAGGACAGCGAUAACGACAAAGGCGGGAAGGAGCCCGGCUCGCCCGAGCCCAUGGCGGAGGCAAACCAGCAGAGCCACGAUGGCGUGGCGGGCACCAAUGAGGCGACUGCCAAAGCAAGCCCCACAACACGGAAGGACCCCCUUCGUUGGUUCGGCCUCUUCACGCCAACCUCUCUGCGACUAGCCCAGGGCCAAGCUAUCGAGAUUGUGGAGGAUCUUCUACCCAGGAUAGCAUCAGUCGACGCUAAGAUGGGUCAAGUUGAGAUCCAAGUCCGACGUGCCAAAAAGAAACGGAGCAAGGCGGCAACCGCCGCUGAGAAGGAGACGAGAACGGCACAACAAGCUGAGCAGUCGUGAGGGGAAACAAGCCAUCCUGUGAUCUUGUAGCGGCUCCUUCCCACAAAAGUACACACCCCUGAGAGGCCGCCCCCUCUAUCUGCGCUCCAGGAGGGCUGAUAGUCUGGCAACACAAUAAGAGGCGCCGCCGAACCAGGUCAACAUAGUUAGCUCAAAGUAACAGACCUCACUAGAGAUAGGUGAGAUGGCACUUUGGCAUGGACGAUUCUCGAUCGUAUGUGGCAAUCAACAAUUGCAUCCAAGGCAAAGUGGCUUGGCGCCCUUCUCUACAGAAAGUGGCGUCGAUCAGGCUUUCGCGUGGCGUGCCUCUCCUGGUCCAUGUUGUGAACCUAAACUGGCCGCAGAAAUACAGAUAGUCUACUUCUCGGUGUCCGCGUCCCGCCGGCAAGCAGUAGCCGUCGACAGCGUGAACCAAGGCGCCCUGGUGGCUGCUAGCAGAUCCUAGUCAACAGGCCUUCCCCUAAUUCACUUCCCGUCUAGUCUAUUUUAUAAUACAUCCCUACGCAGCGUCAAAAGGGGGCUUGCUGCUGCCGUAGCUGGCAGCCAGCACUCUACUCUACUCGAACCACCUCCCUUCAUACUUUCCCUGACGGCCGCCGAGGGAAGAUCUCCUCUCCAUGUUCCCAACAAAGCCAACCAACAAGGACGGCCGCGACGAGAAGACGAAUUGAUCACGCCCGUGUCGCAAACUCACCAUUACCCGAUAUAGAUGACGUUCCGCCCUGCUACUCAAUCAUACUGCUGCUCGACGUCGUCAUGGCCACACCACAGCUUGAUGGCGGCUUAUCAACAAAGGCCAUUUCUCAGAUACCAUCCUGUGUUAUUCUUUGUGCUUCGCGAGGAAUAGAGGCCUCUCAAUGCCGAGCAUCAAAUAUUACCUGCUACUGCCAGGAUGGAUUUACAAACUACAUCCAAAGCUGUGCCAUGAAGGCAUGCAAGCCCAGAGACCAACUCGGCAUGUUACCCCGGACCACCUAAUCUCAG